AAAUCCAUAACUUCUCAAGGUAUAGAUGUCUAUGAAAUCCCCAUUGAAGAAAAAAUGGAGAAAGGAAAGAGGAAGAGAAAAUGUCUUGUGUGUGGGAAAAGUUUGAGCUGGAAGUCCAGCCUCAAGGCUCACUGGAAAAUUCACACUGGGGAGAAACCAUUUAAAUGCCUGGAGUGUGGGAAGAGCUUCCGACAGAGGGCAAAACUAAUUACCCAUCAAAGAGUCCACACGGGUGAGAAGCCGUUCAAAUGCUUGCAGUGCGGAAAGAGUUUCAUUCAGAACGAAUGCCUCACUUCCCAUUUAAAAACACACUCUGGGGAGAAGCCAUUUAAGUGCUUACAGUGUGGGAAAAGCUUCAGCUGGAGUCAUAACCUGACAUCCCAUCAAAGAAUUCAUACAGGGGAAAAACCGUAUAGUUGCUCCGAGUGCGGAAAGAGCUUUUCUCAGAGGAGAGACCUGAACUCCCAUGAAAGAAUCCACACAGGGGAGAAACCCUACACCUGCUCAGAAUGUGGAAAGAGCUUCCACCAGAACGCACACCUGACUUCUCACCAAAGGAUCCACACUGGAGAGAAACCGUACAAAUGCCUGGAGUGUGGUAAGAGCUUUAGUCGGAGUUCAAGCCUCACUUCGCACCAAAGGACGCAUACUGGGGAGAAGCCAUUCAAAUGCUUGCAGUGUGGGAAGAGCUUUAGCUGGAGCCAUAACCUAACAUCCCAUCAAAGAAUCCACACAGGGGAGAAGUCGUUCCAGUGCUUGGAGUGUGGGAAGAGCUUUAAUAAGAAAACAAAUCUCAUUUCACAUCAAAGGGUACAUUCGGGGAGUUGGAAAAAAGAUCCUGUGAAUAACCACUUGGUUCCACCCGCUCUAGGUUCGGAUGUUGUCCCCGUUUCCCAGAAUGCCACCUGUUCCCAGAAUCCCCUGAAUUACGAACCAACUCAAGAAGAAAAUUUCCAGUACUUUACUAUAUAUCUAAAUGAGCAGAUUAUAAUUGUUCAAACGUGAAAUGAACACUGGCAGUAGAAACCGA